AUGAACAAGUCUGGAGAUUUCAACAGCAACAACAGCGGUGCAAGUAGUAGUGCUUCAAGAUCGUCGUCCUCUUCGGGAUUUCAACAGCAAGUUUACUUGGCAACCAAUCAACAUAUGCCAUCAUCAGGAUCGUCAACACCAAGUUUCAUUUCCGGGCAAGAACAAAAUUUGAAUGAAAAAUCGAAUUUAGUUUUGCAAGCGCUCAUACAGCAAUCAUUAGGUCAGCAACAACAAACAUCUCACAGCACAACUCCUCCACUUCCUUCCUCAUUCCAAAAUUUUGUCUCUCCUCAACAACAGUCUCCCACUCUCUUCAGCAAUCCAUCCAACAUGCUGCAUCAAUCCUUCUCAAAUCCAUUUUUCUUUCAACAAUCGACUCCACAACAAACAACAAGAAUUUCACCAAAUGCUAAUACCCUUAACAACCAUGCAGUGUUGGCUACUCAACUUCAAAAUUUGGAGCGAGAGAAUCAACUCUUAAAACAAGAAAAUCAACAAUUGAAGAAUGAGUUUUUUGAAUUUGUAAAUACUUUUUUGGAGUUUAAGAAUUGUUUCCUUGGACGUAAAAGUACAGGGUUAGGAGUAAUUAUCACAAGUGGUGACACUGGUAAAAUUCUUACAGCAAAUAGUUGUGUGAUUGAGACCUUGGGAUAUAAGGAUCUUGAACAUUUCAAGAGUUGUGUCUCUAAGUGGAGUGAUGUAGUGAUACAGGAAGACAGGCAGCGAGUCUUUGCCACUUUUUUACAAUCAGCUCUUUCAAACACUGAUAAUUGCUUCAUUAUUUUCAGAGCUAAGAGAUUUGAUGGUAAAAUUAUUACACUCUCGUCAAAUCAUCAAGUGGACGACAAUCAGAUUGACCUUGUUACAGGUGAUCACCUUACCUCAACGACAGGAAAUUCCUCUACGCAGCAGCAACAGCCACAAUCGUCCACAGAUCAUCCAUCUUCCUCUAAGCCACCUUUUCUUGUGCCUUACAACCCUAAUGCCAACCAUAGCCUGUAA